AUGGACGAGGGUUGUGGUGGCGACCGCGAGUGGGCUCGCGACGGUCCCGAGACGGACGCCCUCAAGGACGCCAAGCUGGCGCUGGCAGAGGUGCUGGGUGAGGUGGACGAGGUCCGGUUGUUGUGCCGCAGAGAACUACAUGCACUGCAGGAGGCGGUGGCCGUGGCAGACGGGGAGAACGCCAAGCUGCGCCGAUCCGAGGAGGAGUUCGUCCCAGAGAAGUCGUUGUUCUCCUCAGUGAAGUUGCUCUUCAACAUUGCCCGAGGCCACGUGAGAUGCCAACCACUCCCUCUUCAUGUUGCUUUGUUGCUCACGUAUCUAUAUUUGGUAGCAUAG